CUUCUGAUCUGUAGACACUGAGAGCAAGAUGAGCAGCAAGGUUCUUCUUGUCAGUGCUGUCCUGGUGGGGCUGGUCACUCUGAGCUCGUGCAGGAGCCUAGGAGAGUUGUCUGAACAGAAGACCUACUCUUCUGGUCCCCAGUAUGGUGGUUCCCCAACUCCGACGUACGGCUCAGGAGGCGGGUACAAGCCAACACCGACGCCGACUUACGGUGCUACGCCGACACCAUCUUACGGCUCUUCACCAAGCACCCCAAGUACACCUUCCGUUGGGUUCCCUGACAUUCCAAAGCAGGGAUUCACUGGAUCCUGCGACUAUUGGAAGAGCCAUCCAGACAUGAUCAUUGCAGUCGUUGGGUCCCUUGGUAACAUUGGCAAGACAUUCGGUGAUGCAUGCGGUUUGAUCGUUGGCAAGAAGCUUGAGAAUCUGCAUGAUGCACUCUCAAACACUAGAACUGAUGGUGUCGGUGCCCUUCUACGUGAGGGAGCAGCUGCAUACCUCAAUUCCAUUGUGAACAAGAAGUUUCCUUUUACCACCACGCAGGUGAAGGAUUGCAUCAUUGUGGCCGUGACCUCUGACAGUGCUGCUUCUGCCCAGGCUGGGAUCUUCAAGAAGGCAAAUGAACACCACUACUAGUCCUGGAUGUCUCCAACCUAAAUUGGUUUUUCUCGAUCGAUGCUAUCGUUCAUUUCUUCCCCUUGAUAAAUUUCUUGUAUUUUGUUGGUUUGUCAUGCAAUAUCACCGCCUAAGAUAUGUUGAUCAAUUUCUUGUAUUUUACCAUUCUGUUGAUUUGUCAUGUAAUAUCACCAUCUAAGAUAUGUUGAUGAAUUUUUCGUAUUUUGCCGGUUUGUCAUGUAAUAUCACCGCCUAUGAUAUGUUGGAUGUUGUAAACCCUUUCCUCUUGCUGGGUUUGAAUCGCAACAUCUCGAUGUAGUGGAGUAUACUGUACUCAAGACAGCAUAACAGGGCAAGUAAGUUUGAACAAUAAAGCAGUGCUACUAUGUUUUCAA